UGUUGGACACUGGGCCAUGGUUAUAUUACCGACUUGUGCAUGAAGUGUAUUUGCUGUGUCCUGGUAUUCGUGACCUAGUAGGUAGUGUGUGUGACAGUUUUAUAGUUUAUCCCUCUCCAGACAUGUACACUCUCAGCUGAAGCUGCCCACACAGACGCCCAAACGGUCAUUGAACUUUUGACUUCUACAAGGGACGUCUUUUUAAUGGAAUGAAUGGAUAUAUCCCCGGAGGCUUGAUGAAUAAUUCAUUCUCUAUACAGUAAGCAAACACUGAAACUAUGUCAAGACGCUUUGUGAUAAACCGUUAGAAUAGACAAGUCGUCCAUCAUACGUACCGGUUGCGUGAAGAAAAAAAUACCAUAUGUGCAUUUUCACCCCUAAUUCAAACAUUCAGAUGUUUGAGAAUCUUUACUGUCGAGUUCUGGAGAUUACCCUUCGCCAUCUACAGCAUGUUCUGAGAUGCUGCCGCCAAAAUGAUGGAGUUUCACACAGCUAGAGGUUUACUUGAAAUUACAAUAAUGGUUUGUGCGCCUAGCGAUCAAUACCUUCCAUUGUUGCACGCACGAGGACUCGGAACCUCGUGUCCUACUACUUCAUUGUGCGUCAUUCGUACCGGCCCGUGAAGUCACGAACAGGAGUACUAUAUACACUAGUCAUGUGAUUGUAGAUGUAGUAUGAUAUCACACUGUAAUCGUACUUCAGCUUCAUCACCACGACCUGAACUUAGCUUGUCAUUUAUGAAUGUACUACGUUACAAGUACAUUAAAGGUCUUUUACGUGUCCCGUUUAUGGUGCAGGUCUGCGCAUACACAAAUUGUCACUCCCACUUUAAGGCUGUAGUCAGAUCUUGAAAUAACAAGAGCAGAAAAAUGAGCAGUUAUUCCAUUUUCAGACGUCAUUAACAAAGUAACGAGGAACCGACAAAGCACAGAAACAUGUCUGUAAAACUUGCUGUGCUUCUGUCCAUUAUUAUACUGCUGAUAAGUGUGGUGUCCAGUAACAAACCCAUCCUGGAGAAGACAUGGGCAGUCCAGCUGGAGGGUGGACGGGAGGAGGCGCUGCGUGUAGCACAGAAGGCAGGGGUGACUUUGGUUAAAAAGAUAUUUGGAGACUAUUACCUUUUCAAGGAAGAAAUCAAUGCCAGACAGACUCGUCUUAAGAUUAAGGACAAGGACAGGGAAAAGAUUCUCAAAGCUGACCAGUCGGUAAAAAUGGUGAAGGAACAACUCACUCACACCAGGCAACUUUAUCAGGAUCAAGGUGUGGUCUUCAACGACCCAAUGUGGGGCUCUCAGACAUAUUUGCACACUGGCACAGUGCACAUGAAUGUUCUCCCAGCCUGGGAGAGAACACAGAAGGGAGAGGGGGUUGUGGUGGGGGUGAUCGAUGAUGGCAUAUUCACCAACCAACCAGACCUGAGAGAUAAUCUGGCUCCUGGUUUGUCUUAUGAUGUCUUGGGGGAUACAUCAGACCCAACACCCAACAUACCACAGCUAAGCCAUGGUACCAACUGUGCAGGAAUUAUUGCUGCAGUCCACAACAACAGCUUUUGUGGCGUGGGAGUGGCUUAUAGGGCCAAGGUUGCAGGUAUAAAAAUGUUCAGUGGUGCGAUCACAGAGUUGUCGGAUGCCCAGGAGGCGUCAGCCCUCAGUCAUGAGCACCAGCGCAUCAGUAUCUACUCCUGUAGCUGGGGGCCCUCAGACUGGAACAAUGCACUGGAAGGACCUGAUACCGUCGCUAAAGAGGCGCUAACCAUGACUGCACAAGAGGGCCGAAGUGGUAGAGGUUCGAUCUUUGUGUUCUCUACUGGUAAUGGUGGAUCGUACAAUGACAGCUGUGCCUACAAUGGCUACAUCAACACCAACAACACCAUCGGCAUUGGCGGGCUGCUGCAGGAUGGGUCCAUCCCCAGUUUUGCUGAGUCCUGUACCAGUGUGUUUGCUGUUACCUAUAGUAGGGACUACACAGGGGACACUGCUAACUUGGUUGUCCCCUCCAGAGCCUCAGGCUGUGGUACGACCUUCUCUGGAACAUCCCCUGCUGCUGCCAUGGCUGCUGGGGUCUUCACACUUGUGCUGAGCGCCAAUGACCAACUGUCAGUACGAGAUGUCCAACAUCUAGUGACUAGAACCUCCAGGAGCACUGGGAUCUGUGGUCAGACUUGGAAGGAAAACUCUGCUGGAUUCAGAGUGAGUGACUACUGUGGAUUUGGUCUCCUUGAUGCUGGACAACUGACAGAAAUGGCCACAAAUUGGAACUGUGUCCCAGAGCAAGACAUCUGCACUGAACAAGGUGUAAGGAUGAACAUUCCACAAAGUGGUGAAGUCCACACGAGCAUCACUGUCCAACAGAACAGUUGUGUGGUCAACUACUUGGAGCACGUCUUACUGACCGUCCGCAUCACCUUCCCCCAUCGCGGCCACCUGCAGAUCAGACUGACCUCCCCAGGGGGCACUGUUUCCGACAUCGUUCCUGGGAGAGCCACGGACAUGGAGGCAGACUUGGAGUGGACGUUCAUGACACUGCACCACUGGGGGGAGAGUGCUGUAGGCACCUGGGAGCUCUCCAUAGAGAACACACAUCCUCAUCUCAGUAGUACUGGAGUUCUAGAGGGCUGGACCCUUGCCUUGUUAGGAACUGCCACAGACCCAGCCAACACCAGCACUGGAACAAACGGCACCCCAGGCAUAGAUACAAGUGAGCAAAACAAUAACUGUGGUGUAUCAGACAAUUCAGGACCAACUGCUACUCAAAAGAUACCCUUUUGGGUCUGGAUCAUUAUAGGUGGUGGUGUUUUGAUAGUUGUUUCAAGUGUUGUUGUAGGUGUAGUUGUGAAGAAAAGACUCUUCUGUCCAUCUAGAAGUGAGGCAGUGGCAUCAGCAUCAUAUAUUUCAGAAUCAAACACAGUAGGCAUGGCUUAGUGUUCUUGGUAAGAAGUGUUGGUCCCCAUUGUUGCACUUUUGAUGCAUGCAUUAAGACUAUCUUUAUUCCAUGGAGUCUGUUUUUUUAGUGCCAAUCUACACUUUUUGUUGAACUUUAAAUUUUAUGACUCAAGCAAAAGCGUGCAAUCUGUAUAUUGCCAAAGACUUGAGAACAUCACCAGUGCAUGUAUUCCCACAAGAAGUCCAGCAGUACUGUGCAUUAUUAGGACCUGUAAAAUAGAAACUUGCUGAAAUUAUCAACAUGAGUACGUCUUCUCAAUACUUUGAGCUGUAAGUUGCUAGUUUACUGCUUUCCAAUGACAUUUUGAACGCCCUUCAGGCUUUAGCCCUGUUGGCUGGUGCAAUAAGCUAAGACAUGCAAUUUGAAAUAACAAGAACUUAUAACGUUUUGUCUAUAUCAGGUGUGGC